UGAAAUAGUGUACAAUUAACCUGUGAAGGAAAUCAAACUUAAUGUCUUGUUGAUACCAAAUCUCCUGUUUUUACUUCUCCCUCUUCUAUUUUUUUAAGCUUCCAGCAAUGGCAGACCUGUCCCCCAAAGACUGUGAGCUGACAACUCUGGAUGAGGAGAACCUGUGGGAGAUAAUGGAGAACCAUCGAUACAAGAUUGUCCGCAAUGUCUGCCCUAGUCGGCUAACUCCCUACCUCCGACAGGCCAAGGUGCUGGAUCAGUUGGAUGAGGAAGAAGUUCUGCACAGUCCCAAGUUCACUAACAAUGCUAUGAGAGCUGGAUAUUUGCUGGAUGUGCUGAAGACUCGAGGUAAAACUGGAGCCAUUGCCUUUCUGGAGAGCCUGAAAUUUCAUAAUCCAGACAUUUACACCUUGGUCACUGGACAGGAGCCCUCUGUUGACUCUGAUAGUUUCCGUGGCCUCAUUGAUACUUCCAAGCUGACUGAAUGCCUAGCUGGUGCUAUCAACACCCUCCAGCAGGAGCUGUCCCAGGAGAAGCUGAGAAGCCAGGCACUGCAACAGCAUUGUUAUAAGCUAAAGGAGCAUCUGCAUAAACUGGGAGCCCAGAAUAAAAACCUAAGGGACAAGGAAGCCGAGCACAACCGCAUGAAGAGGGAAGUCAGCACUCAGUUCCACCAGGUGCUGAAGCUGAAGGAUGAGAUGUAUAACUUAUCUAUGCGUUACACCAGUGCUCUGCAAGACAAGGACCUGGCCAUCACCCGCUGCCGGAGUCUGCAGGAGGAGUUGUAUUUAAUGAAGCAGGAGCUACAGCGUGUUCAGAUGACUUCCUCCUGUGAGCGUGAGUCUAGAGAGAGACUUCUUAAAAUCAGCAGUGACCUAGAACUCCAAGGAGAGGUCAGUCGGCUCAAGGAGGAGAAUGAGAAGCUUAAGUCUCUGACCUUCAGCCAGGCAGAGAAGGACAUCUUGGAACAGAACUUGGAUGAAGCACUGGAGAGUAAGCAAGAACUGGUGGAUCGCAUCCACUCCCUGAGGGAAAGAGCUGUCACUGCUGAGAAACAGCGUAAGCAGUACAUGGAAGAAAAAGAGCAGACCCUCUUUCAGUUCCAAAAAAUUAAGGUGGACUUCGAAAUCUACAAGGAGAAGAUGAAUGCCCUACAAAGCCAAGUGGUGGAGCUUCAAAAGGAGCGAGACCAGGCAUACAGUGCAAGGGAUCUGGCCCAGAUGGACAUUUCUCACAGCUUGACAGAAAAAGAUUCCCUCCGAAGAAAAGUGUUUGAACUAACAGAUGAAGUCUGUGAACUUCGGAAACAACUUCAAAAGGUACAGGCAGAAUCAUUGAGUGAGAUCAAAGAGAAUGUUAUGGAACCUUCAAAAUUGGGAAAACAGAAGCUCAUAAGGAUGCAUGCCAUUAAUCCUCAGGAAGACAAUGACUUCAGCCUUCUAACUUCCACAGAGCACUGGCCAGAUCUGAGUGCCAUCUCAAACCAAGAGCAGAUGGGCAGCUUCUGUUCUAGUAGCCCUGUGCCUCCUUGCAAGCAAUCACUCCACAAGCGAAUCACCAAAGACUUCCUGGAAAACUCCAUUUCUGUAAGAAGCUCCCAGGGGUUUGUUGAUAAAAAUUCUGGCAUCUCUUCAGAAGAGAAAAUAGAUGACAUAGAACUGGACUAUGAGGUGGUAGAUAUGGGAGUAGGUUUCCCUGGAACAGAAAGUAUGCAGAAGACAUUUUCCCCAAGUUCUUUCCCCCAAGAAAGCAAUGUUCUAGUGCGUCGACGUCCUGCCCUAAGGAUAUUGAGUCAGGUAACAGCACUGACCUUCCAGGGGGACUCCUUCUUGGAUCAAAUCAGCAUCAUUGGUGGAAACCAUACAGGCAUCUUUAUUCACCGUGUUACUCCAGGCUCUACAGCAGAUGAGAUGGCUUUGCGUUCGGGCACCCAGAUCAUGAUGGUGGAUUAUGAUUCAAAGGAAAUCACAUUCAAGGCUAUUCUGGAGGAUACAACCCUGGAACAAGCAAUAGGACUUCUCAAGAGGGUGAAUGGGUUCUGCUGCUUAUCUGUGAAGAUCAACAUGGAAGGUUACAAGAAAUUGGUCCAGGACAUAGAGAAUAAAGUGACCACCUCAGGAGACUCGUUCUAUAUCCGGGUCAACUUGGUCAUGGACAGAAAGGCAGAUGGAGAACUACAGGUGCAGUGUAAUGACAUCCUGCAUGUCACUGACACUAUGUACCAAGGCCAAAGUUGUUGGCAUGCCCAUCGAGUCAAUUUGUACAACAUGAAGGACACAGAUCAUGGCAUCAUCCCCAACUACUCACAGGCUCAGCAGAAACUCAUCACCCUCAUCCAGGACAUGACUCAGCAGAGCACAGUCUUCCGCAAGUCAUCUGGAGGACAACAGAAAUUAGUACGCAUAGUAAGCAUGGACAAGAGCAAGGUCAAUCCACUGUGUUCCUCCUCUGAUGGGAGCCAGACUGAACCCAGCAAGUUGGAAGAUUCAUCCAUAGUAUGUUUUUGGACAGAAAGCUGUUUUACGCUAGUUCCUUAUACACGGGUAAAACCCUACAAACCAAUCAGACCUCGGCCUGUGGUUUUUGUGCCUAUGGUGAUUGGGAGGAUUCUGAGUGAGAAGCUGAGCCUCCUCAAGGACUUUGAGAAAUGCCCAACAGAAUAUCUAAGCCAAGAAGAGUAUGAAGUUCGAAGGCAGAGUGGAGACAUAAUCCAUGAGAAGGAGGACCCCAGCCACCACAAUUAUGUAACCUACCAAGCAGUGGAAUCCUUGAUGCACAAGAAUAUGCACUGUCUCUUGGACAUUAAUCUGAACUGUGUGCAAACCCUGCACAGGGCUGAGAUCUUCCCUAUCAUUAUCCACAUCCCUGUCACUGAGAAGAAUGCCAAGAAACUCAAAAAGGCCCUACAGCGUCUUGGAACUACAGAAGAGCAAAUCCUGGAAACAGCCAAGCGUGAGGAGGCUGAACUGGAGAAGGUCCCUUGUUUAUAUACUAGCCUAGUACCUGAUUGUUGGAGUGACGUGGACUCCCUUGUCAACUGUGCUCGCUUGUCUAUAGCUGAUGAGCAAAAGAAAUUUGUAUGGAUCGAACGAAGCCCUCAAUAGUCUCCCCCUUCAUGGGCUUCUUUCCCAUUCCUCCAUGAGAGAUGGCAGAACCCUCCACAUUUUUCCCUCCAAUAAAUAUUUUU